UAUAUUAUUAUGUUAUAUGUUAAUAAUAAUUAAAUCGGCAUAAUAAGAAGGUAGGGAUGGCUUGUUUGGAUAACAACUUGAAUAUUCAAGCAAUGUUACGUAUAUGCAAGCGGUAUGAGAAAGUGUACACAUUUCUUUCUCCCGCUUUGGUGAAUCUGAAAGAGGCUCAAUACCGAUCUCUGUGUCAUACUUUUGAUAGUUGUCUCUUAGUUUCUAUCUGCAAUAGUCUAAACGCAGCCUCCGUACCGAGCAAACCCGAAUUUAGAUUUUUAUUUUUAUAGUUUUAUUUACUAUUAACAUAACGAGCCUGAAUAAUUCAAAACAUUACUUAAUUAUUUACAUAAUCGAAACCGUAAUCAGCAUUGUCACGCAACGAAGGAAAAAUAAUAUUAUCAGAUCAUAACAACACGUGUAUGAUUGCUGGAUCAUGUCCAUAGAAAAAUUCCUUUUUAUUACCAUUAAUUUGAGGGUUCAUUUUUAGAGAUACCCUGACGUCAAAGGGAGAAAAAAAAAGCGCUUCGUUAAAAAUUAAUUGGUCCACUUAAGUCUGGGCUGUAAAUUGCUAAAAUCAAUAAGAUAAAAAAUAAUAAAAAUGAAUAUCAAAGUCAUAAAAACACUCACAAUUUUACUGCUCGCAGUGAUUAAAUCCGCGAACAGUAAAAGCUUGUUUGAGCUGAUGAUGAGUUACGGAUUGCAGAAAAGCUUUGAUAUUAUCACAACACCUUUGCCGACUGUCGAGCAGUACGACUUUAUAAUAAUAGGCGCGGGUUCAGGGGGAUCUACUUUGGCAAAUCGGCUGUCAGAGAAUCGCAAGUGGAAGGUUCUGCUGCUGGAAGCCGGAAAACCAGAGGGGAUUCUCAACCAAAUUCCGAUACUUGUGAGCAAUUUUCAGCAGACGGAUUAUAAUUGGGGAUAUCGAGUUGAACCGCAGAAGAAUGCUUGCUUGGGUAUGAAGGACCGUCGGUGUACUUGGCCGAGGGGUAAAUCCCUCGGUGGCACCAGUACACUGAAUUACAUGAUUCAUACAAGAGGUAAUAGAGUUGAUUACGACACUUGGAAGGCUGCUGGUAAUAAUGGAUGGUCUUAUGAUGAUGUACUGCCUUAUUUUAUCAAAAGCGAGAGAUUUAAAGUUCCAGAACCAUACAACGCAUCUUACCACGGCAAAGACGGUUAUUUAUGUGUAGAACACAUUCCCUACCACAUGCCGCUGUCAACAGAGUUCUUAAAAGCCGGAAAAAAAUUAGGCUGGGAGAUAAUAGACUACAACGGCCCGGAACAAAUAGGAUUUUCAUAUCUCCAAGUAAACAUGGAUCGCGGAGCGCGUUGUAGUGCUUCCCGGGCUUACUUAAAAGUUCGCCGGCCAAAUUUAGAGAUCGUAACUCUAGCACGAGUGACUAAAAUCCUAAUAGACUCUGACAGACGAGCUUACGGAGUGGAGUACAUAAAAGACGGCAAGACCAGACAAAUUCGCGCGACCAAGGAAGUGAUUUCCUCAGCAGGAACUAUCGACUCAGCGAAGCUUUUGAUGCUCUCAGGAAUAGGUCCCAGAGAUCACUUGGAAGAUUUGGGAAUCCCAGUGAUAAAAGACGCCAAGGUCGGAUACAAUUUACUGGAGCACGUCGGCUUUUUAGGGCUGACUUUCCUGGUAAAUGCCAGUGUCACUCUGCUAGAGAAGACAAUCAUCAAGCCCCAGAACGCUUUGCAGUACAUGAUUGACCGGAGUGGUCCACUUUCGAUUCCCGGAGGAGCUGAAGCGAUAGCUUUUAUCCGCACAAAGUACGCUCAAGAUUCUCGACCGGAUUUGGAGCUGCUGUUUGUCUCCGGCUCGAUUCACUCCGACAAUGGAGUCGCGGUGAGAAAAGGCCACGGUAUCACGGACGAAUUGUACAACGCGGUGUUCAAACCUAUUGAAGAUCGCGACGCUUGGUCCAUUUGGCCCAUCAUGCAGCAGCCACGAAGUGUUGGAAGAAUUACACUUCGCUCUAAGAAUCCUUUUGAUGAUCCGAUUAUUCAACCGAAUUUUUUUACCCACCCCGCGGAUAUUGAAAUUAUUCUUGAAGGUAUAAAGCAUGCGAUUAAAAUUGCAGCUACUGAAGAAUUUCAAAAGUACAAUAGUCGUUUGCACACCAUUAAAAUUCCCGGCUGCAGAGAGUUUGAUUUUGCGAGUGAUGAUUAUUUCCGCUGCGCUAUCAGGCACUUGCCUUCGAUGAUGAAUCACGAAGUCGGUACUGUAAAAAUGGGCCCUCCUGAGGACUCAACUGCUGUUGUCGAUUCUCAAUUGAGAGUUUAUGGGGUUAAAGGCUUGAGGGUUGUCGACGCUUCGAUUAUGCCGACUAUGCCCGUCGGACAUGUCAACGCUGGGAUUUUUAUGAUUGGAGAAAAAGCAGCUGAUAUGAUCAAACAAAUGUGGAAUUAAU